AUGAGGGCCUGUGUCCCCCUGAUAGUGGCCAUGCUCUGUGGCUUGGCCUGGGCUGGAACAACAGAGUCAUGUGCAUCUCGCUGUAAUGAGAAAUUUGACCGGGAUGCUGCCUGCCAGUGUGACCGCCGGUGCCCUCGGCAUGGGGACUGCUGUGAAGACUAUGAACAGCUGUGUACUGCUGAGGAGAACCCCAAAGAGCCGAAGGCAUUCCUGGAGCUGGAGGAGGAGACAGAGGAGGCUCCUGCUAGCAACCUGUACUCGGCACCCAGCUCCUGCCAGGGCCGCUGCUAUGAAGCUGUUGACAAGCACCACCCAUGCCACUGUGAUGCCCGCUGCCAAGAGUUUGGAAACUGCUGUGAUGAUUUUGAGAUCCUGUGUGGCCACGAGGGCUUCUCCCACAGCAGUGAUGCCAUAACCAAGGAGGAGCUUCGGAGCAUCUCUGAGAAGAUCUACAAAGCAGACACCAACAAGGCCCAGAAGGCAGACAUUGUCCUCAAUAGCCAAAAGCGCAUCCCCCGUUCCGAGACCAGAGACCGAGUGGAUUGCUGCCCAGAGCCGCUUUUCACCUAUGUCAAUGAGAAGCUGUUUUCUAAACCAACUUAUGCUGCCUUCAUCAACCUCCUCAACAACUACCAGCGGGCGACAGGCCAUGGGGAGCACUUCAGUGCCCAGCAGCUGGCUGAGCAGGAUGCCUUCCUCAGGGAGAUCAUGAAGACGGCCGUCAUGAAGGAACUCUAUGGCUUUCUCCACCACCAGAAUCGCUACAGCUCGGAGCAAGAGUUUGUCAAUGACUUGAAGAACAUGUGGUUUGGACUUUAUUCAAGAGGCAAUGAAGAAGGAGACUCAAGUGGCUUUGAACACGUCUUCUCAGGUGAAGUCAAAAAAGGCAAGGUCACUGGCUUCCACAACUGGAUCCGCUUCUACCUGCAGGAGAAGGAAGGCCUGGUUGACUACUACAGUCACAUCUAUGAUGGGCCCUGGGACUCCUACCCUGAUGUGUUGGCAAUGCAGUUUGACUGGGACGGCUACUAUAAGGAAGUGGGCUCCGCUUUCAUCGGCAGCAGCCCCGAGUUUGAGUUUGCGCUCUACUCGCUGUGUUUUAUCGCCAGGCCAGGCAAAGUGUGCCAGUUAAGCCUGGGUGGGUAUCCCCUGGCUAUCCAGACCUAUACCUGGAACAAGUCCACCUAUGGAAAUGGCAAGAAGUACAUCGCCACGGCCUAUGUGGUGUCUUCCACCUAGUAGAACUCUGAGCCAGAAAGGGGCAUGAGGGCAGUGAGGAUUCUCCCAGGAGUCGGGGGCUAUCUGCUUUGGGCUGGAGAGCGGAGGGAGGGGACUGGGUUACUGAGAUGGAUUCUCCAAUCCAGAAAUGCCCAUAUGGGAAAGAGGAAAAAGAUAUGAAUUAGAAAAAUGCAGAGAAAGUCAAAUCUUUGUGCUCCAGCAUUUUGGCAACAUAGGCUAAGAACCAGAAUCUAGACAGAAGGUGGGAACCCUCGAUAGCUCUUUGCCCUGAUGUAUACUGGAACGGUGAACAUGUCCUUUUAUCUCUCUAGGCCACGUUUCCCUUUCAUGUAAAGAAAAGAGAACUUCUCCCUUUCCUCUUUCUGGGGUUGGUGAGAGGGCAAACUUGAUAUUAUUACUUUGAAAGGGUUUUCAAUUGUUCUCAGGAAGAACGGCUGAUAGAAAUUCAAGGUUACUAUAAUGGCUGUUAUUGUAUACAGCUCUACAAACUACAACUCCCCCUUUGCUGGGGGCCUCAAAGAAAUCAGGCCGUGGAAACCAAGCAGUGAGGAUUUAAUCUUUUUUGGGGUUAGAUCUUCUGAGACAGGGUCUGGGGAAACUCUGAUGUGGGACGGAGAAGAGUAAAGGGCUACUGUGAGUGUGUAGGCUGGGGAGGGGAGGACUUCUCCAGGCCUGAGUGCUUUUGUUGCCAGCUCAGUAUCUGCAUCAAGGAGCUUCCCCCUUGUGCAGCUACAGAGCUGGGUUUUGAUCCUGGAUAAUUUUUUGAAAGAGUUCAACUCACAGGAAGAAGAUUUAGCAUCAGAAGAAGAAAGGAACCUAUAGCUUGGUAUUAUUAACAUAAUUGUUUUAAGGCUUAUCCAACAGCCAUAAUUUGCUUCAAACGGACUCCAGAAUGGGAGACCUGGGAGACCGGGGCUCCUUAUCUCAACCUCAAUUAUGCAUUUCUCCCCUGACCCCAUGGGGAACCAGAUGACGUCCCAGAGCCAGGCUUGAACAUAAGAUUUAAUUCAAGUCUCCAAAUAAAGUCAUUUGAGAAAACUUGAAAUGUGUCUCUUCUUUUCAUUCCCACCCUUCUCAAUUGUUGGUCUCCCUGUCUUUUCCAUGGAGGUCUUGAGUAGAGAUAAGAGUAGUGUUUGAGGCUUCAGGGUUUCUUCAGGAUGGCUUGAAGCAUGCGUUAUCUUGGUGAAGUCCCUGGUGACUUAACAAAUCUCUCUAACCAAUAGGGAGAGAGAAUUCUUGCUGGUGCACCUAUGAUUUGAAGGAUAGAAGGAGCAUCACACAUGGACUAUGGGGGGGGGUAAAUGAAGACUGGUGCUCUCCCACUCGCACAAACCAGGCCCUCCUGACCACACAGAUAAGGAGGACAACGAUUCCUAUGGAUGCAUCUUCUGCGCUUGCAGAGAUGGACCAAACUGAGGAAGAAGAAAUGCUAAAGAGGUAUGUAAGACGAGUUCUCAAACCUGUAAACACAUGUUUUAGGACUCAGAUGCUAGGAAAAGGCCAGGAUUGAACGGAUACUUCAAGCAGGUCACAUUGCGCAGAUGGAUGAAACAGGGCCUCCUCCUUGCCCUUCCCCAGGGGAGCUCAGUCAAAUGAGCAAGACAGGGGAGUCACUAGAGCAUAGGAUUUUUAGGUGAAUGACAUAUCGUUAGACACCACAAAGCAAGUAUCGGGGAUAAAAUUGUUGAGGGGGUCCUGGAGGAGUCCUGGUGGCGCAAAUGGUUAAGCGCUCGGCUGCCAACCGAAUUGGUGGUUCGAGCUCAUCCAGUGCAGUCCUACUCUGCCAUAUGCGGUCACUAUGAGUCAGAAUCGACUCGAUGGCAACGGGUUUGGUUUUUCAUGAGUCGGAACAGACUGCACCCCACAACAACAGGGGGAUACUCAAGACUUUAUUAUUUUGGAAGUGAGAAUGUGACAGGAUGACCCUGCAGUUUUUGGGUUAUAUCACGUUAAGAUAAGUCAUACUAGAAGCUGAGCUAAGCGUCACA